UGCCGAGUAGCGAAACGGAAAACGAUGGAUCGAACGAAGACGGAAGCGCUUCGCUUGGAUUUCUUCGACCCUGGUCGAUCGGGCACAGACCUCAGCCCAAUUGCCUCGGAUGAUCGAGGUCGAAAGAGUCGUAAAACUAAGAUGGACCGUGGCUCGGUCUGGGCUUGGUCGGAAAAUCAGGAAAGAGGUCGGGUCUGUCGUCUACCUGAUAAUUGGAGGGGUCAUCCCAAUGUGCGGGACGGCGAAUCGUUGUGCGAUGGAGGAAAGUGUUGACGCGAUAGCGCUUGAUGGUGGAAUUUCCCCACUAACACUACCGUACUGCUCUCAAACAGAGAUCGAGGUCAUCCGUCGAGUUGUGGGGUAUAAUUCUAGCAAAUUUCACCGUAGUGAAGCGACCAACACAAUCGAUUGUAGAGCGUAAAUGCCAGACCUCUCUGGUCACUUUCUUUGUGGUGGUGCAGUGGUCGAUCGACGGCGUCGAGGGGGUCCGGAGUUUAGGUUCGUGGGGCGGUAGGGAAAA